GCGUGUGCGCGGGUCCUGGCGCGCCUGCGCCCUGCCGCCCGCCCCGCGCCGAGGGGAGGAGGAGGGGGAGGAGGAGGCGGCUCGGGAGAGCGAGCAGUGAGCGAGAGCGCGGAGCGCGAGUGAGGGAGCCGAGCCGACCACCCGCCCGCCGCCGCGCCUCCCUUCCGUAAGCAGGAGCCCGGGCCGGGGCCCGGCACGCCGCCCCAGCCCCUCCCGCGUCGCCAGGCCGCGAGGGCAGCGCGCGAGCCGGGGGAGGGCGAGCAGCGAGUGAGGGAUCCCCGGGAGGAGGCGGCCGGCCCGAGCGAGCGAGCGCCCGCGCGUGUGGCGUGAGGGGAAGCCGCUGCCCGCCCCCUUCGCCUUCCCUUCUCUCCCCCUCCCCGCUCCCCCCCGACCGCGGAGCAGCACCAUGUCGGCGCCGGCGGCCAAAGUCAGUAAAAAGGAGCUCAACUCCAACCACGACGGGGCCGACGAGACCUCAGAAAAAGAGCAACAAGAAGCGAUUGAACAUAUCGAUGAAGUACAGAAUGAAAUAGACAGACUUAAUGAACAAGCCAGCGAGGAGAUUUUGAAGGUAGAACAGAAGUAUAACAAACUCCGCCAACCAUUUUUUCAGAAGAGGUCGGAAUUGAUCGCCAAAAUCCCAAAUUUUUGGGUAACAACAUUUGUCAACCAUCCACAAGUGUCUGCACUGCUUGGGGAGGAGGAUGAAGAGGCGCUGCAUUAUUUGACAAGAGUUGAAGUGACAGAAUUUGAAGAUAUUAAAUCAGGUUACAGAAUAGAUUUUUAUUUUGAUGAAAACCCUUACUUCGAAAAUAAAGUUCUCUCCAAAGAAUUUCAUCUGAAUGAGAGUGGUGAUCCUUCUUCAAAGUCCACUGAAAUCAAAUGGAAAUCUGGCAAGGAUUUGACGAAACGUUCAAGUCAAACACAAAACAAAGCCAGCAGGAAGAGACAGCAUGAGGAGCCAGAGAGCUUCUUUACCUGGUUUACUGAUCAUUCUGAUGCAGGUGCAGAUGAGUUAGGAGAGGUCAUUAAAGAUGAUAUUUGGCCAAAUCCACUACAAUACUACUUGGUUCCUGAUAUGGAUGAUGAAGAAGGCGAAGGGGAAGAAGAUGAUGAUGAUGAUGAAGAGGAAGAAGGAUUAGAAGAUAUUGAUGAAGAAGGAGAUGAGGAUGAAGGUGAAGAAGAUGAAGAUGAUGAUGAGGGGGAGGAAGGAGAGGAAGAUGAAGGAGAAGAUGACUAAUGGAACACUGAUGGAUUCCAGCCUUUUUUAAUUUUCUCUAGUCCCUGGGAGCAAGUUGCAGUCUUUUUUUUUUUUUUUUUUUUUUCUUUUUUCCCCCCCUCCCCUUGUGCUCAGUCACCCUGUUUUUGAGGUCUCUUCUCGCCAUUAUACCAUGGUUAUCAACUUAUUUUGGGGGAAAAUGCCUUGAGCAGAAUACAGUUGAAAAGAAUCUCUAUCAUUUUCUGUUCCAAAUUAAUUUUUAUCCCUUCCUGUCUCAACAAAAACUUAUGGAAUCAAUACCACCAUGCUCUGUGGGAAAAAAGAAAACCUUCUGCUCCCUUAGCUCUGCUGGAAGCUGGAGGGUGCUAGGCCCCUGUGUAGUAGUGCAUAGAAUUCUAGCUUUUCUCCUCCUUUCUCUGUAUAUUGGGCUCAGAGAUUACACUGUGUCUCUAUGUGAAUAUGGACAGUUAGCAUUUACCAACAUGUAUCUGUCUACUUUCUCUUGUUUAAAAAAAUCAAAAAAAAAAUCUUAAAAAAAUGGGGUUAUAGAAGGUCAGCAAAGGGUGGGUUUGAGAUGUUGGGUGGGUUAAGUGGGCAUUUUGACAACAUGGCUUCUCCUUUGGCAUGUUUAAUUGUGAUGUUUAACGGACAUCCUUGCAGUUUUAAGACUACACUUUUAAAAAAUUAUCUCCUAAUGAUGACUUGAGCCCAGCCACUCGAUGGGAGAAUCAGCAGAACCUGUAGGAUCUUAUUUGGAAUUGUAAUUUUGUUCCUGUUUAUUUUUAAAUUUUCUUUUUUGUUUUCACUGGAAAGGAAAGAUGAUGCUCAGUUUUAAACGUUAAAAGUGUACAAGUUGCUUUGUUACAAUAAAACUAAAUGUGUACACAAAGGAUUUGAUGCUUUUCUCUCAAAACAGAUUGACUUUCCAGGUUUGACUUGUAAUAUUUUUGUCAAACUGUUAACCCUAAUUAAUUUUUUGAUAUGCACUUUGCAGGCUGACCUCAGGGCUAUGUGGAUUGAGUAAAGGGAUUUGAAUCGUGUGUUAGUAAUUCUUUGUCUAGAAAGAAUCACUGGGUACAAUUUGCCAUCAGUUUAUUAGAAUUCAGUUCACGUUAUCUAGGAUAUCAGAUUGUGCAAAACAUCCUAGUGUACCCAUGAUUUGUAUCUCAAAUUGUCUUUUUUUUUUUUUAAUUUUUUAUUGGGCCUUUAUUUACCUGGAUAAUAGUGCCUGCCACCACCAUCAGACAGACCUGGUGCUCUAAUGCCUAGUUACACACAGGGCAGUUGCUGACAUGUCUUCAUUGGCACCAUAACUUGUGGCUGAGAAGGCUUAGAGUAAGAAGUCAAAAGUGGUGGUUAAGAAACUCAGGAGUGUUUUUGUCUCAUGUACUAGCUAUUUAGCAUACAUUUGAUUCUCAAAUGAGACCCAUCUUGCUGAGAUGAUGAACCUUGCUAAAUGUCAAUGAGCGCAGAAGAACAUUUUUGAGAAGCUACCUAAAGCAUAGGCUUUUCUAAUGCUGUAAAAUAAAAUUGCUAAACUUAAAUGCCACUUUUUCAGAGAUGAAUUAAUGGAUAGCCUGGAUAAAAAACUUUUUGGUGUAUAAAAUUAUAAAUGGAACUAUUCCAUCAAUAGGCAAAGUGUGAUGAAAACCUAUCUAGAUGGAGAGUGUGAUUUCUGCACAGGCCUCUGUUUAGUAAAUCCAUCACUGUAUACUGGUCAGGAAUCUUGCUCCAAUAAAGGAACAUAAAGAUUUUUUUUUUA